UGACAAAACGCCGCAGCACUUUUUUCAGUUUGUGGUCUUGCGGAACAUGGCGUGCAACGGUGACGGUGGCGUGCAAGCGGUGAACGGCGCGGGCUCGAUGAACGGCGGUUCGCCGCGUAAACGCGCCCGCACCGAGCCCCUUAACAGGGUGACGGUGGUGCUGGGGGCGCAAUGGGGCGACGAGGGCAAGGGCAAGGUGGUCGACAUGCUCGCCACCGAAGUGGACGUCGUAUGCCGGUGUCAGGGAGGCAACAAUGCUGGUCAUACCGUUGUAACGAAUGGUGUUGAGUACGAUUUUCAUUUGUUACCAAGUGGAAUCAUCAAUCCUAACUGCAAAGCAGUUAUUGGCAAUGGUGUGGUCAUCCACUUGCCCGGUCUAUUCGAUGAAGCGGAAAAGAACGAGAAGAAAGGUCUGAAGAACUGGAAGGAGCAGUUGAUAAUCUCAGAUAGGGCCCAUCUCGUGUUCGAUUUCCAUCAGCAGGUCGAUGGAUUGCAGGAGCAGGAGAACAACCAAAAGGGUCAGGGAUUGGGUACGACCAAGAAAGGUAUCGGACCGACUUACUCGUCGAAGAUGACCAGAAACGGUUUACGUAUUGGCGAUCUCCUCGGCGAUUUCGAAAAAUUUUCGAAGAGAUUCCAAGGUUUGGCGAACGUUUACCAACGAAUGUUCCCAAAUCUCCAGGUCGACGUGGAGGAGGAGCUGAAACGCUACAAGAAGUACGCCGAAAUGGUCAGACCACUUGUUUUCGACACCGUCUCGUUCCUGGACAAGGCUCUGAAACAAGGUCAGAAGAUUUUGGUUGAGGGCGCCAAUGCUGCCAUGCUGGAUAUUGACUUCGGAACGUAUCCGUACGUCACGUCAUCAAACUGCAGCGUGGGAGGCGUGUGCACGGGCCUAGGAAUUGCCCCUAUGCGGAUAGGGGAAGUUAUCGGUGUCGUGAAGGCCUAUACUACUAGGGUCGGAGAUGGCCCCUUCCCCACCGAGCUUAAAGACGAAAUCGGCGAUCUGAUGCAGACAAGGGGUGGUGAAAUCGGCGUAACCACCAAGAGGAAGAGGCGCUGCGGAUGGCUUGAUUUGGUGCUGUUGCAAUACACCAAUAUGAUUAACGGUUACACGGCGCUGUGCCUCACCAAAUUAGAUAUUUUAGACACGCUGCCCGAAUUGAAGUUGGCUGUGGGAUACACGCUUAACGGCAAGAAGAUCGAGUAUUUCCCCUCGACCGCAUCUGAUCUUUCCCAAGUUGAGGUUGAAUAUAUUACCAUGCCUGGCUGGCAGAAGAGUACAGAAGAUGUGAGGUCGUUUGAUGAUCUACCGGAUAACGCCAAAAACUACGUGAACAAGAUUCACGAACUCUUAGAUGUUCCUGUGAGGUGGAUAGGAGUUGGAAAAGGUAGAGAGUCCAUAAUACCUUAUCAAAAUUAACACCACGUAAAUGUUUGUAAAGUAAUGUUGUAUCCUGAUCUCCAGUUGUUUUUAAAAAAGCAAAAAAAAAUAUGGUGCAUAUUGUUGUGGCCUAUGACCGUCGUUAUUUUAGGUUUCAACACGUGGCCUAGAUGUUACGCUCUGUUUCUAAUUCAUUAAAUGUAAAAGAUUGUUAUAUUUUUAUAUGAAAUCUGAAAAUGUGAGUUUGCUGUGUUUACCAGAGGCUAUUUUUGUUUUAUUGUUUAAAAGACAACCGUUGUUGAAUGUGAUAUUGUUUGAAGGUGUAUUUACUUAUGUAAAUAAAUCAGGAUUUUUAAGUAUUGCUUAACAAUAAUAUUAUAAACAUCUUUUACUUGUACAUGACAGUAUGGUAGUGGUUGCUGGCCAAAAAAUUAGUCAAUUAAUUUCACAACUUAAAUCAGUAUAAGCCGACUGUCAAAUAAUCGUUUAGAACUUGAGAAAUGUUCCAGUGAAUGUACUUAAGUAUGUAUUGUACACCUCUAAUGAUAUAAUUGUUGUGAUGUCUUCCACUUUUUUUUUGUAUUAAAUUAGCGAUCAGUAACCGACACGUAAUUGGUUUUCAUUGAAGUUUUUUCUAACUUUUUGGGUAUUGACCGCUGUAGGUAUAUUCAAAUAUUUCCCAAGAACUGUAUAUACCGUGAGUAAAAUUUAUAAUGUACAAGGAUCUAAUUUUUACUUCGGAAAGGUAUUCUUGUGGGAUUUUUACUCAUUAAUAUAAGGCUUAGCUUUAGAUAGAAAUAUUCUUACACAUGUUUCUAUGAAUUGUCGUAGUGCCUAAAAUUUUGCCAAAAUAUUAAAAAGCACAACUUAAUUUACAUUUUUCUUUUUAUUGUCAAAUUUCGUUUAGCAAAUGCAAUAAAUUAAAUUAAUUUAAUUGACAACUUUAGUUGUAAUUGAUGUUAUAUAGGUUUUUAUUGUAAUAAAUUUUAAUUAUAUCA